CCCGCGGAGCGGCUGUGAGCAGGAGGCGGCGAGCUGCCAGGGCUGGAGCUGUGACCGCAGGCACGCGCAGCGCGCACACGCCCCCCUCCAGGGACGGGUGUCUCGGGCUCACUGCCGGACCGGGCAAGUCCCAAUGACAAGCAGAGUGUGAUAUAAAGGCAGCCGGGCUGGCAGCACGGGCACACUGACUGGAUACGGCAGCAGGAAGACAUGGAUUUCCUAUGAUGAGCACCUCGAAAAUUACAGUGUGUGCGUAAUCCAGCUCUCCAGCAUUUGUUCGAUCCCAGAAUUUUACAGUAAUACUCCUGUGCAAUCCUCAGUCUCUCACCGGAGGUUAAAAGAAAGUCGACCAAUAACAUUUGGUUAAACGGACUACUCGUCUCAAGUCACAAGUGAAGAUCUCUCUGGCAUUCUAGAAGAAAACAUGGCGAAACCAUAUGAGUUCAACUGGCAGAAGGCUGUCCCUUCGUUCAUGCAAGAAGGGGCUGUGUUUGACAGAUACGAGGAGGAAUCGUUUGUGUUUGAGCCAAACUGCCUCUUUAAAAUGGAUGAAUUUGGAUUUUUCCUUUCAUGGAAAAGUGAAGGAAAGGAAGGACAAGUUUUGGAAUGUUCUCUGAUCAACAGCAUUCGAUGUGGCGCCGUACCAAAGGAUCCAAAAAUUCUCUCUGCACUUGAGGCUGCAGGGAAAACGGAACAGGAGCUGGAGGGGCGAAUAGUGUGCGUCUGUUCUGGUCCAGAUCUGGUCAACAUAAGCUUCAUAUUCAUGGUGGCAGAGAGUGUAGACGUAGCCAAGCAAUGGGUAGAAGGUCUAAGGUCUAUUACGCAUAAUUUUAGAGCCAACAACGUCAGUCCCAUGACAUGUCUCACAAAACACUGGAUGAAACUGACAUUUCUUACUAACGUAAAUGGAAAGAUUCCGGUUAGAAGUAUUACGAGAACCUUUGCGUCAGGAAAAACUGAAAAAGUCAUCUUUCAAGCACUUAAAGAAUUAGGUCUCCCUAGUGGAAAGAAUGAUGAAAUUGAGGCUUCUGCUUUCACGUUUGAAAAGUUUUAUGAACUCACACAAAAGAUUUGUCCUCGAACAGACAUAGAAGAGUUAUAUAAAAGAAUCAUUGGAGAAAAAGCUGAUUUUUUAACCGUAGACCAAUUAGUGAGCUUUCUAAAUGAACACCAACGGGACCCGCGACUGAAUGAAAUUCUAUUUCCGUUCUUUGAUGCGAAAAGGGCCAUGCAGAUUGUAGAAAUGUAUGAGCCAUUCGAAGAACUAAAGAAAAAAGGUUGCAUAUCUAGUGAUGGUUUUUGCAGAUAUUUGAUGUCUGAUGAAAAUGCCCCGGUCUUCCUCGACCGCUUGGAAUUAUACCAGGAGAUGGAUCAUCCUCUCGCGCACUAUUUUAUCAGCUCCUCCCACAAUACGUACCUAACUGGGAGACAGUUUGGUGGAAAGUCUUCCGUGGAAAUGUACAAACAAGUCCUUCUGUCAGGAUGCAGGUGUGUGGAACUGGAUUGCUGGGAUGGAAAAGGAGAAGAUCAGGAACCCAUAAUAACGCACGGGAAGGCUAUGUGUACGGAUAUCUUAUUCAAAGAUGUCAUUCAAGCGAUCAAGGAAACUGCGUUUGUCACUUCGGAAUAUCCAGUAAUCCUCUCUUUUGAGAAUCAUUGCAGCAAAUAUCAACAGUACAAAAUGUCUAAAUACUGCGAAGAUAUAUUUGGAGACCUACUUCUGAAGCAGCCUAUUGAGAGCCAUCCCCUCGAAGCUGGGAGACCAUUGCCCUCUCCUAAUGACCUCAAAAAGAAAAUCCUCAUUAAAAAUAAACGACUGAAAGCGGAAGUGGAAAAAAAGCAGCUGGAAGCAUUAAAAAGUAUGAUGGAAGCUGGAGAAACAGUGGCUCCAGUCAGCAUCCUUGAAGAUGACAUUGAAGAAGAAAUCGAAAAUGCUGAUCAAGAAGAAGAAGCACAUCCUGAAUAUAAAUUUGGAACUGAGCUCUCGGCCGAUGACAUCAGUCAAAAAGAAGUUGCUUUAAAUGUUGCAAAAAAGGCUUUGGAGGAUGCGGAGCAAGAAAAUAACAACAAAAAGGGUACAGUAACAGUGGAAGUGGAAGAUGAACAAGCUUGGAUGGCUAACUAUAAAUAUGUUGGAGCAACUACAAACAUUCAUCCUUUCUUAUCUACAAUGAUCAAUUAUGCGCAACCAGUAAAGUUUCAAGGAUUCAAAGCUGCAGAAGAAAAGAACAUUCAUUUUAACAUGUCAUCCUUCAACGAGUCUGUUGGUUUGGGAUAUCUGAAGACGCAUGCAAUAGAGUUUGUGAAUUAUAACAAACGUCAGAUGAGUCGGAUUUACCCCAAGGGAGGCAGAGUGGAUUCCAGUAAUUACAUGCCUCAGAUUUUCUGGAACGCCGGCUGCCAGAUGGUCUCUCUGAACUUUCAGACCCCAGAUCUAGCGAUGCAGCUCAAUCAGGGAAAAUAUGAAUACAAUGGAUCUUGUGGGUACCUCCUUAAACCAGAUUUCAUGCGUCGUCCUGAUCGAACGUUUGACCCUUUUUCAGAAACCCCCGUAGAUGGUGUGAUUGCAGCAACUUGUUCUGUUCAGGUAAUAUCUGGACAGUUCCUCUCAGACAAAAAAGUCGGGACAUAUGUAGAAGUAGACAUGUAUGGAUUACCCACAGACACCAUACGGAAGGAGUUCCGUACUCGUAUGGUAAUGAACAAUGGCCUGAAUCCGGUUUACAAUGAAGAUCCAUUUGUAUUCCGUAAGGUUAUCUUACCUGACCUUGCUGUGCUAAGGAUAGCAGUGUAUGAUGACAAUAAUAAACUGAUAGGCCAGAGGAUAUUGCCGCUAGAUGGUCUGCAGGCUGGAUACCGACACAUUUCACUUCGAAAUGAAGGCAACAAGCCAGUUUCCUUACCUACAGUCUUCUGUAACAUUGUCCUGAAGACCUAUGUUCCUGAUGGUUUUGGAGAUAUUGUUGAUGCCUUAUCAGAUCCAAAGAAGUUUCUUUCUAUCACUGAAAAAAGAGCCGACCAAAUGAGGGCGAUGGGCAUUGAAACAAGUGAUAUAGCAGAUGUGCCAAAUGACAACUCAAAAAAUGAUAAAAAAGGGAAGGUCAAUAAUGCCAAAACAAACGUGACUCCUCAAAGCAGCUCCGAACUGAGGCCAGCGACAACGUCCACAUCUGGUACAGGGCUAGAAUCUAAAAGAGUAAUGGAACUCGUUCCUCAGGUGAAACUUGAAGAGUUGAAACAAAUGAAGGCAUACAUCAAACAGCUGAAGAAGCAACAGAAAGAAGUCAAUGCUCUGAAGAAGAAACAUGGGAAGGAAGAGAGCUCUAUGCAAAAGGCGCACUGUACACAAUCAGACAAGUUAGUGGCACAGUUUGCUAAAGAAAAAAUGUCUAUUGAGAAGACCUUAGAGAAAGCAAUCAAGAAAAAAGGAGGAAGUAACUGUCAGGAAAUGAAGAAAGAAACUGAAAAUAAAAUUCAGGUAUUAACGUCAGAUCAUAAUUCCAAGGUGAACGAGUAUGUGGCACAGCAUACAAAAGAGUGGUCAGAUUUACGCAGCGCACAGAGCGCAGAGGAACAAGAACUGCGGGAUCUUCAUUUAAGACAGCAAUGCGACCUCCUAAAAAAACUGCUUAUCAAUGUCCAAGAACAGCAGGCCCAGCAGUUAAAGCUGUCACAGGAAAGAGAAAGCAAGGACAUGAAGGCCAACCAAGCCAAAAUAUCAAUGGAAAAUAGCAAAGUCAUAAACCAGGAUAAAUCUAUAAAGAAUAAAGCUGAGAGAGAAAGGCGAGUGAGGGAACUGAACAGCAGCAACACAAAGAAGUUCCUUGAAGAGAGAAAAAGAUUGGCAAUGAAGCACUCUAAAGAAAUGGAUCAGUUAAAAAAAGUUCAAGAAGAAUAUUUGGAAAUCCUCGAGAAGCAAAACGAACAGCUUUUGAACUCCUGUCAUGCAGUGUCUCACUCACAAGGCAAAGGAGAUGCAGCAGAUGGUCAAAAUGGAGGCAGAGAUGGGACGCAGGCCAGCAACAGUUGUGUAAGACUGCAAAAUGCCAACUGAAGUCGAAAAACAAUUCACUGUCCUUUUAAAGAACACUGUAAAAUACAGACCACAAACACUGACGACGAAGCGUGCUCUUAUGUUGUACCCCUUUGUCUAGGCAAGACACAAAAAGUGGUGAAUUAAAGACUGGCAUCUUUCCCUUUAACAUUUUGAGCACUGUAAUAUUUAUUCUAAAGAAUUAUAAUUCUAAAGUUCAAAGAGAUAUUUUUUACUAAGGAUAAACCAUUUGUUAAUAUUUUUUUUAUUAUUUGCAGCCUGUGUCAUCUGGUCUCUGUUAAAUGGUUUUUGUUUUGUUUUGUUUUUACUUUAACUGAUACUGAGAAAAAUGCAAAUCUUUUUUAUGUUUUUUUUUUUUUUUCUUUUUGUAUUUUAUUGAAGCUCUAUCUAAGCUUCUCUACUUAUGGCAACUAUGCUAAAUGUGUUUUAUGUCCGAUGGCUGUCAGCAAAGUUCACUAAGUAGUGCUACUGAAAAAAAACCUAUGUUUAUGAAGAAUCAAUCAACUACCUUCCAGCGCAGUGUGCUAGAACACUGGUGUCAUUUUUUUUAUUUGCAAUCUUUGGGAUUUGUGAGGAUAGGCUAAUAGAGUUGUGUGAUUUUUAAAUUUUUUAAAACAUUUUUAACAUUAAAUCAGCGUACUCAGAAGUACAGUGCGCAUAACAGAAAUUGUCCUGUUUUGACAAUACCCAACAAGCACAAAGUGUUCCCAUCUAUAAAGCGUCCCCCAAAACUACCUUUCUCUAAAGCUGUGCUUGCAGACAACUUAGCAGUUUUUGUUAAAUUGUAUACUUAAGGCAGAGCAGGGCAUAGAGAACAAAACACUGAAAGGGAAAGGGUGUUUGUUGAUCAGAAAUACAAAUUGCCUACUGUAUCCAAGCAAUUUUCUUGUUCUGUUUUGCGUGGGAUGCAAGAAAAUGACGUUUUUUUUUCUGAUUCAUGUACUAUUCCUUUCUACCCCUUUGCAUGGCUUUGUUCUAUAGGACUGUAUAAUUUAUCCAUACCGCCAAGCAAAGCAGAGCUAAAUACAUCUGUUCAACUACAAGUCUCAGGAUUCUCGGUUUUGUAGCUAAACAAUGUCUCGGAUUUAUGGGGGUUAUUUUUUUUUAGAACAGUUGGAGUGUGAGAAAGAAAAAGCUAUUAAUGGAUAUACUGGCUAUUCAAUGAUAAACAUGUAUUCAAAGUGGCACUGUCUCUUUGCUUAGAUUGAAAUAUUAGUAUGUUAGGAGUUUAUUAUGGAUAGAACACUUUAAGGACAGUGCCACUUUAAACAUCUAUGUUCUGAGAAAAACAUAAAUUCAGUCCCUGUUAAACAGUUGAAUUAUAUUUUGUUUUAGUGUCAAAGAAAUGUGCACAGCCCUUGUAUUCGAUGCUUCUGGCUUUUUGGGGGAUGUAUUGAUUAAUAAUGAGUGGUGGUGGAUUUAAAAAUCAAGGCCAAAGAAUUACGCAAAACAAUUUUUAGUGAAUAAACCCUUUUUUCAUUUUACUAACACACGGUGAAGAUGCAUAACAGUGUUGCUGGGUCAACAUUGAUGCAGUCAUGCCCAUAUUAGCACGUGUGCUUACGAAUAAUAUUAGCGCUGGACAGAAAGCAUGAGAAAAAGUGGACUAAUCAGGGCUGCGUCUUAACAGCGCUGUUGCCAUUGAUUUACGGUAUAUUUAUAAAUAUAUAUAUGUGCAAUAGUGCAACAAGCUUGACAUCAUUUUUAGAGCGUUGGGUUUAUCGCUACUUUAUAAAAACUAAAAUAAAAAACAAUUGGGGAAUUUUGCAA